UAUUAUUAUAUUUUAUUAUUAUUAUUAUUAUUACAGACAUGAUGAAUCACAUGAUGAACAUCCUGAUUCUGGGCAUCACCGCUGGAAUCUUAUGUCACAGCGCCAGCGCCAAGAGAGGUGGGUUUGUUCAGACGUCCUACUUCUCGACAGAUGGAGGAGGAUUUGCGUCCGGGGCAGCUGAAUCGAGUGUUAUCGGUCCAGAUGGAAUCAGGAAAGGAGAGUGCAGCUACACCAACAGCAACGGAGAAAGCUUCAAGAUCAAGUAUGAAGAGAAAUCCAACGGUCAGAUCAUCAAAGGUUCCGUGAACGGCAAAGAAGGGAAGCAAGACAUUGAACGCGCCCUUGGCGAAUGCCGUGGGUCCCUCACCAAACUGAGCGGCAGCGUCCAGGAGGAGCUUGAAGGAACUAAGGAACGCAUUGCCGAGAUUGAUCGAACGUUCCAGAGGCAGAUGGACAGUUUCAACCGCCAGCAGGAGUCCUUUAUCAGCCAACAGACGAACUUCUUCCAACAGAUGGCUGACUUCUCGAAAAGGCUCGCUUGGAAAAAAUAAUCGGUCAUAGCAACAGAUGUCACAAGAUGGCGAAUGUUCAUCAAGAUGUCUUCAGGAACUUCACUCCGUUCAGAUUCUUUUUUUAGAUAAUUUGUUUAUGCAUGCGUCGUAGGAUAUUUCUGCAGUAUUUCCUUAUUUUUUCUAGCUUACAAAUAUAUCUGAAGUGUUAUUUACACUUACUCAAUUAGAUUAUACUAUAUCUCUAAUGUAGAUAUCUUUUUCAUAGAAAAGGACAAAAUUAGAUCAUUUUAAGAGUGGUAAGAGAAAUUCCAUCUUGUAUAAGAGAUUGUUUUAAAAUGGCUUUCAUGUGAUUUUAAUAAAGUUUAGAAAUUACAGAA